GGGAGCUGCCGCCGGCCCCGCCCCUCCGUCCCGGAAGUGACGGUGGUCGCGCCGCCGCGCCAUGCAGCAGCCGGUGCUGUCGAGUGCGGACGAGAUGGUGGAGCUGUACCGGGAGCUGAGCCGACACCCGGGGCUUAAAGCCGCUUGCCUUGGCCCCGAUGUCACCACCCAGUAUGGGGGCAAGUACUGCAGCCUCUACACUGAGUGGUCGCAGCGGGACCUGGCACGGGCUGAGAACGUCAAGUUCUGCCGCCAGUACCUGAUCUUCCAUGACGGGGCCGCCGUCGUCUACUCGGGGCCUGCCGGCACCUGCUCUGAGAUCAAGAAUGAGCUGCUGAGCCAGGAGUCCCCCAGUGGGGCACUGAAGGCCGUCCUGCGCAAGGUCCCCGGCAAGGAGAAGAAAGAGGAGAAGCAGUUUCUGGAGGUCUGGGAUCAGAACUGCAAGGUGAAGAGCAUUGACCUGACAGCGCUGGACAAGCACGGCACCGUCUACGACGACGACCACUUUGGCUGCCUGGCCUGGUCACACUCGGAGACCCACCUGCUCUAUGUGGCGGAGAAGAAGCGUCCCAAGGCUGAGUCAUUCUUCCAGAGCAAAGCCCCCGAGCUGGGCGGCUCCAGCGAGGAUGUGGGGUGCCCUGAGAAGGCGGAUGUGCCCCUCAAGGGCGAGCAGUUCGUGUACCACGAGGACUGGGGGGAAGCAUUGAGUAAACGCAGCGUGCCCGUCCUCUGUGUCAUGGAUAUUGAGGCCAGCAGCAUCUCCGUGCUGGAGGGCAUCCCAGAGCACCUCUCUCCCGGCCAGGCUUUCUGGUCCCCUGACGACACCGGCGUGGUGUUCGUGGGCUGGUGGCCUGAGCCCUUCCGCCUGGGGCUGCAGCAUUGCACCAACCGCCGGUCAGCGCUCUUCUACGUGGACCUUACGAGUGGGGCAUGUGAGCCACUCUCUGGGAACAACAUGGCCGUGUGGUCCCCGCGGCUCAGCCCCGACCGCUGCCGCAUCGUCUACCUGGAGAACAACGUCUUUGGCCCCCACCAGCAGUGCAGCCGCCUCCGCAUGUACGACUGGUACACCAAGAAAACCAGCACAGUGCUGGCGGACGUGCCGCGGCAGACAUGGGGCGCCUUCCCAGGCAUCUACUGCAGCGCUCUGCCGGCGCUGUGCUGGGCGGCUGACAGCCGCAGGCUCGUGCUGGAUACGGCCCAGCGCAGCCAGCAGGACAUAUUCGUGGUUGAUACGGUGACGGGCGCCACAACCUUGCUGACCGCUGAUGCCCCCCAGGGAAGUUGGUCUGUCCUCACCAUCGACCGGGACAUCUUGGUGGCCAGGUUCUCCACCCCUAGCUGCCCCCACACACUGAAAGUGGCUGUCCUGCCUAGCGCCGGCCUGGAGGCGCAGGUGCAGUGGGUCUGCCUGCAGGAUGCCGCCCCCGUGCCUGGCAUCAGCUGGAGCAUCCGCACCCUGCAGCCCCCACCAGAGCAGGAGCACCCCCAGUACAAGGGCCUGGACUUCGAUGCCAUCCUGCUGUGCCCGAGUGAGGGCCCCACCACCCAGAAGCACCCCCUGGUCGUGAUGCCCCAUGGGGGUCCCCACUCCGUCUUCACGGCUGGGUGGAUGCUGUACCCAGCGGCGUUGUGCCGCAUGGGCUUCGCCGUGCUGCUGGUGAAUUACCGCGGCUCGCUGGGCUUCGGCCAGGACAGCGUGUACUCCCUGCCGGGCAAUGUGGGCACGCAGGAUGUGCGCGAUGUGCAGCUCUGCGUGGAGCGGGUGCUGCAGGAGUCAUCGCUGGACGCUGGCCGGGUGGCACUUGUCGGUGGCUCACACGGAGGCUUCCUGGCGUGCCACCUCCUCGGCCAGUUCCCUGACACCUACCACGCCUGUGUAGUCCGCAACCCGGUGGUGAACAUUGCCUCCAUGGUGGCUGCCACCGACAUCCCUGACUGGUGCCUGACAGAGACGGGGCUGCCCUACACGCCCGACACGCUGCCGGAUCCGGCCCAGUGGACGGAGAUGCUGCACAAGUCGCCCAUGCGCUACAUCGACCGGGUCCGUGCACCCGUGCUGCUGAUGCUGGGGGAGGACGACCAGCGAGUGCCCCCCCAGCAGGGGCUGGAGUAUUACCGUGCCCUCAAGGCCCGCGGGGUCCCCACGCGGCUGCUCCUGUACCCGGGAAAUGGCCACGCGCUGGCUGGCGUUGAGGCCGAAGCUGACGGCUUCAUGAACAUGGCGCUGUGGCUGGUCAAGCACCUGCAGUGCUAACGGCCCUCCACCCCUGCUGCCCCCCAAUAAAUGAUGUAGCUCAGCAUCCCUGGCGUCUCUGAUGGUGGUGCCGGCACCAGCGUCGCCUCCGCUCCCGGU